UGCUCAUGGCACCAGCUUUAACAAGUGAUAGAAAGAGAGGCCGCCUCUAUGCAACCGAUGCAGGGCAAUCAGGCCGCACAAAUCCUUGCCUUGACAUAAGUUACAAAACUAAACCAAAGUGGGGGGGUUAUAGCAUCAAGAGUGGACUUUCCCUUAAUGCAUCUACUUCUUGGGGAGAAAGUGUAAUAGAUUUUCAAAAAUCCACCCUGCAGUGAGGAUGUGAGGCAAGAGACACAGGGCUGGAGUGGCUUUGUAUUUCUUCAAGGCAUUCAUCUUCCAGCUCUUUCAUUCCAAAACCCUGUGGCUUACUGUCUGAGAUCGGAUGGAAUAAUUGCGAGGCUUUACUCUGUCUUCUUCAACUAGAAGAAAAUGCCUGUAAUGAAAGGCUUGUUGGCACCCCAGAACACUUUUUUGGACACCAUAGCAACCCGCUUUGAUGGGACGCACAGUAACUUUCUGCUGGCUAACGGCCAGGUGCAGCGUGGCUUCCCCAUCGUGUACUGCUCGGAUGGCUUCUGUGACCUCACCGGGUUUGUACGCACGGAGGUCAUGCAGAAGAACUGCACCUGCCGCUUCCUGUACGGGCCGGAGAGCAGCGAACUCGUCUCCCAGAUGAUCGAGAAGGCUCUGGAGGGGCGGCAGGAGUACCAGGCUGAGGUGCGUUUCUACAAGAAGAACGGGGCUCCCUUCUGGUGCUUGCUUGACAUCAUUCCCAUUAAAAACGAGAAAGGAGAAGUGGUCCUGUUCCUGUUUUCCUUCAAAGACAUCACAGAGAGCCGAGGGAAACCCCAUCACAGCGGCAGAAAGGAAGAAGAGAAACGUAGGAGUAAAAAGAAUGGAAAUUCCCAUUUCACGGCAGCGCGGAGGCGAGGCAGAACGGUCCUGUACCACCUGACCAAUCAGUUCACAAAGAAGAACAAAAGCGAGGUCAAACUGAACAACACUGUGUUCGAGAACAAGCCCUCCAUCCCAGAGUACAAGGUGGCGGCCGUGCAGAAGUCCCGCUUCAUCCUUCUCCACUACAGCAUCUUCAAGGCGCUGUGGGACUGGCUGAUCCUGCUGGCCACCUUCUAUGUUGCGGUCACCGUGCCCUACAACGUCUGCUUCACCGCCUACAAUGACUGUGACGCAGCCUCCCGGAGCACCAUUGUCACCGACAUCGCUGUGGAAAUGCUCUUCAUCCUUGAUAUCAUUCUGAACUUCCGCACAACCUACGUGAGUCAGUCUGGUCAGGUAGUCUAUGACUCUCGAUCCAUCUGUAUCCACUACGCGGCCACGUGGUUCUUUGUGGAUCUCAUAGCCGCCUUGCCCUUUGACCUUCUUUACGCUUUUAACAUCACUGUGACCUCGCUGGUUCACCUGCUGAAGACGGUCCGUCUGCUCCGUCUUCUGAGGCUGCUCCAGAAGCUGGACCGCUACUCCCAGUACAGCGCCAUGGUGCUCACCCUGCUCAUGUCCAUGUUCGCCCUGUUGGCUCAUUGGAUGGCCUGCAUCUGGUACGUGAUUGGGCGAAAGGAGAUGGAGAGCAAUGACCCAACCACCUGGGAGAUUGGAUGGCUUCAUGAACUGGGGAAGCGUCUUGAAUCUCCCUACACCAAUAACUCGCUGAUGGGCGGCCCGUCCAUUCGGAGCGCAUACAUCGCCUCCCUCUACUUCACCCUCAGCAGUCUCACUAGCGUGGGCUUCGGUAACGUCUGUGCAAACACUGACGCAGAGAAGAUCUUCUCCAUCUGCACCAUGCUCAUAGGAGCUCUGAUGCACGCCGUGGUCUUUGGGAACGUGACCGCGAUUAUCCAGCGAAUGUACUCCCGCCGCUCGCUGUAUCACACGCGCAUGAAGGACCUGAAAGACUUCAUCAGGGUCCAUCGUCUGCCACAGCAGCUCAAACAGAGGAUGCUGGAGUACUUCCAGACCACCUGGUCCGUGAACAACGGCAUUGAUGCCAAUGAGCUCUUGCAUGACUUCCCAGAUGAGCUGCGCGCAGACAUCGCCAUGCACCUGAAUAAAGACAUCCUGCAGCUGCCUCUGUUUGAGUCGGCGAGUCGAGGCUGCCUGCGCUCCCUCUCCCUGCACAUCAAGACCUCCUUCUGCGCCCCCGGGGAGUACCUCAUCCGGCAAGGCGACGCUCUGCAGGCCAACUAUUUCGUGUGCUCCGGCUCUCUGGAAGUGCUGAAGGACAACAUGGUCUUAGCCAUUCUCGGCAAAAGUGAUCUGAUUGGCGCGGAUCUGCCCUGUAAGGAGCAGGUGAUCAAGACCAACGCAGACGUCAAGGCGCUCACAUACUGCGACCUGCAGUACAUCAGCGUGCGGGCGCUGAGAGAGGUGCUGGAGCUGUACCCUGAGUAUGCCAGCAAGUUCACUGCAGACAUCCAUCACAACCUGACCUACAACCUGCGGGAGGGCAGUGAGGCCGAGGGCCUCUCAAGAUUCUGCAGAUCUCCAAGACUUUCCCAGCCUCGAAUGGACAGCAGUGUCACCCCUGACAAGAAGCUGCCGUUGAUCGUGGAGGAUGAGGUCGAGCAUGAGGACUUAUUCCACCUCUCUCCGGCCACCAGGAGCCGCAGGAAGCUGACUCUGCCCAGCCUGAACAGCCCUGUGCGACGCGGCUCGCUGGGGAACCUGCUGGGGGACGAGCUGCGGCAGUUCUCAGCACUGCGCCGCACCUGCAGGUCUCCAGUGAGGGGCAACCGGGGGAGGAGCCCCUCCCCUCAGUACCCGAAGGAAGAGCGAGAGAGUCUGAACAAUGAAGCCGUCUGCAAUGGCCGCAGGCCCGCCAAGCUUCUAAUCCCUUCGCUGAACUGUUUCGGCCCGCCGGACCUCAGCCCCAGGGUGGUUGAUGGAAUUGAAGACAAUGGACAGACAUCAGAGAUGCAUGCCUUUCACUUUAAUGUUGAUCAGUAUAGGUCGAAAGACCACUCGGACAGCUUUGUCAAAGAUGCAAACCAGGUAAACGCUGCUUUAUUGGCAGAGACGGAGGAAGUGAGACAAAGCAUCUGCAAGCUCAACCAGGAGAUGAGCAACCUGAACCAAGAGGUUUCUCAGCUCACAAAAGAGCUUCACCACAUGAUUCAUUUCCUCCAAGCCCAGCUCACUGUCCAGCACUACACCUCCAGCCUCCCUUCCUACCCAUAUGGGGUUCAGAUGGUCCACUCCCCGCCCGCCAACAACAACAGAGGCGCCAGCAAUUGGCAGCAAAGAGUCUCUUACACAGUGCCACCUGGGUUGCACAUGCAGCACGACCCUCCCAAUCUGGACCCAGUGAGCAGUGGAGGCCAGUGGAAUUACAGCGGCACACCUGGUGCUGCAAACCACAGCCGAGGGUCCACAAUGGGGGGCCAGCAGAUGAAAGAGAUGGACAACUUUCAUCCGGCUGUGGACCAUUUCCACUCUCCAUCCAGCCACAGGGCAGCCUAUUUCCACACGCUUUCCUAUGGAGAUACAGGGAGAACGAUCAACCCAGGCGUUGAGGCGAAGCAGAACUCAUGCCAGCCCAUUAGAAGUUCUCCAAACUCGCCUUUCACGGCAUCACAAGUACGGUCUUUACUGAGCCCCAUUCCCACAUUUUCUGGUUUUACUUCUGCUCCUCCUCCUCCUCCAGUUUAUAGCAGCUCUUCUUCUAACAGCGGACAGACUCUGUCCUCUUCUAUAAACCUUAGUAAAUCCCACCCCACCUUGUGUCAGCAGGCAUCUGCCAGUUCUGAGCACCCUUACUCCAAAUCGGGCAACCCAACGCCAGUGCAUUCAACACUGGUCACCCCGAACUGUGCUCAUCAUUAUGCUUCAGGAUCUCUGAAUCACUUGUACACCAAUGCGAAGCAUGAACAGUUCCCAUGCAUCUCCCUAAGCCUGAGGCAAAAUGACUUGGUUGGCUCUAGCCCCACGCACUCACUGACCAGCAUCGUUGACACCAAUCUUUCAGAAGUCCUUCCAAACAGUCCUUCCGUCUCAGGCACUCGUUCAGCGAGGAGGAAACUCCCUUCUGCAUCUCAGGAUUCUUUUGAAAACUCUGGCCAGCUUCUUUUGGCUACGACCAGUCCAGACCAUCUGGGCAUAGAACCUUUGGUGAUCAAACCAGGUUCUGCAGACAGACUGCUUAUGUUGAACCCACCAGACUUGAUUGAGGACAGCGAGGUGUCACAAUCCAGGAGAUCGAGCACAGCAACCCAAACCCUGGAUGCUGAAGUCUUCUGGAGUCUAGAGAUGAUGGAUUGAGUUACACACUGGUCUAAGUAUUGAUCGAGAACCCCUUGUAUAUAAACUUUACCUUUACUCUUUAACAAAACCAUAUGGUUUAUGCCUGUACCUCGUUCUUUUAUGUUUUAUACGGCAGUUGUGAGGCUCAUUGUUGGGAUUGCAUGGAAAGUGUAUUUUAUAAUUGUACAGCUGUUGUUGAGUUUUCAAGAGAUGUAAAAGUAUAACAGCAUAGCACAAGCACAAUCAACCUUGAAUUAUUAUUUUUUUUUGCACAUAACAUGGUAUGGAUGUGAGCCUUUGCAUGAUAGAGGCAUUUUUACAGAUGAUCUCAGCUGGGCUGUUAAUAUCAAGCCAGAGCAGUGUCGUAUAGAUAAUGUCCAUUCUAGUUUCCUUUUGUUUUACAGUCAAUGCUCGUGCUUGUUAUACUCAUCUUUUGGGGGAGUUGAAAAAGUAUCUCCCAUAUGUGGUGACGUUAGGCUUGAGAAUUUUAUAGUUGCCAUAGAGUUCUUCAAGAAUGAAAUGGGUUUCAUGAAGGAGAAAGCAGCUACAAGGGAAGCAAUUCAGAUCUCUAUCUGAAGCUCAAAAAAUAAUAAUCAAAGCUUGGUGUAGGCAGGUUUAGAGAACAUUGGUCAUAACUGGGCUUGCUACUAUUCGAUUUCAAUUUUUUUGCCAAAUCGACGUUUAUUUUAGAAAGAAUUUAACGUUUUUUUUAUCUGUAUUUUUCAUUUCAAGCACAGAAUGGGUGAAAUCGACCUUUAUGUUUUAAAAAAAGCACUGACUUUUUAUGCCAUUGAGAAACGUCUCAUUUUCUCGAAACCCCUUUAUCAUAUUCAGCAUGCACAAAACCAUGGUUACCAACAUUCUAAUUGAAAUAACAUUUGGUCACAGCAGAGCUAUACCUUGUAAAGAUAAAGAUCCUACACAAUUUUAAAAAUGGUCUCAAAUAAACUGUAGAAAACGCAGCAUAUAAAAGUGUAUUAUACAGACUUUUACAGCAUAAAUUUACGAGUAAAAAUAAUAUGCACAGAACAAAACAAAACAGAACUAACUUGCGCUUAUUAUUCUUAUUAGUCUGAGCUCCACCCCUCUCCUGCUUCAGCAGAGCAGGACUCAGAGUCACUAGAAGCUAAGGCAGAUGGGCCCGCUUUGUCCUGCCGCAGAGACUUCAACCGUCGGUGCAGAUCUUGAUGAUUGACAGUCAUUUAAACGAAUGAGAGCAUUCUAAUCAACGAGAUCUGUCAGAACAGGGUGAAAUGACAGUGGCAGUGAAACUACAAUACUAAUGGACCACUAAGAUGACUGACAGCGACCCCUAGCCUUUCAGAGCGGAACGGAGACGGGACAGACAGCAAGUAUAAAAACUACACAAACUAGAGAUGAUUUCUAAAUGAUCAUUUUUGGUAAGAAAAUAAAAAAAUAGCGAGUGGUUUUCCUAUAUAAAUGUAUUUCAGUCGAAUUCAUAUUUGUUUGGGGGAAUUCGACGUUUAGCGAGCUUUACUGAUUAAUUUCGAAAAGUAGCAAGCCUCGUCAUAACUCAGUAUUGGAGCAACAGAACCAAGACCCCUUCAGAAUAAAUGCAAACAUCAAAGAAAUAAAAAGGCAGAUGAAAAUAAUGAAAUAAUAAUAUCUGUAAUACAUAUCUCUGAAAAGGGGCGUAUUGCACAGUGCCACAAGUGCUCUCGUCUGUGCAGGUAUUUAACACAUUCAUAUCUUGGGUUACUUUCACAUAUGGGGCAGCUUUUAGAUUUUUUCCUAAGGAAAAGACAUUGAGUUCAAAUGUAUUUACAUUAGAGAGAGGGAUCACAUGACAUAGGAAUGUGUCAACGGAACUAGAGGAAUGUUCUGAGGGAUCAAAUGUAGAACCAUCCCCCCUGGUAAUGAGAUUACCAAUUAAAAAAACCACAUUUAGAGAAAUAGGUGCAUACUGUAACAAUCUGUCCUUUGUAAUUAUGUGGUCCUGGCAAAUAAUAAAUUCUUGCAUUUUUUUGCAGGAUUGUCCUAUUGUUUUUAUUUAUACCAGGAUAUUUAAAGGGGAAAAAAAUCUGUACGUUUGCAAAUGUGUAACAGUUACAACAUCUGCAGUGUGUGUUAUGCAUAAGUUACCAAGUUGCAUGCUGGCAUGUAAACACUUGCAACCUUUAGGUAACCCAGUGGCUGCACUUAGGCAGACAGACAAUAUUCUAAUAUAUAUUUCAAAUGAUGGAUGGGCAGUUCAGGGUAAGUUAUAUGCAUGCUUUAAAUGAUUGUACAAAAGAUAUAUACAUAUGAUUUUUGGAAUGUAUAUAGAUAUAUAAAAUGUCAGGAUGUUUUGGACAAAAGCCCUUCUUCAGCUGUGUAAAAAGAAAAGUAAACACAGUGCAGUAAACUUGUUAUUUUGUGUGCUGUGUACCAAAAGGAGCAAAAACCAAAAAGAAAAAGGUAAUGUACGCAUACAAAUUUGAAUAAUUAAAAAUAAAUCAAUUAUAUCAGGAUGUUUCGGACUACAAGUCCUUCUUCAGCUGGAUGGAAAAAUUAUUCACACACACAUAUAUAUAUAUAUAUAUAUAUAUAUAUAUGUGAAUCAGUCCUUAGAAAUUCUGGCACGUGAUUGGCUAAAACCUGAUCACAUGACCAAAAAUAUUAUUAUUAUUAUUAUUAUUUAUUUCUUAGCAGACGCCCUUAUCCAGGGCGACUUACAAUCGUAAGCAAAAACAUUUCAAGCGUUACAAUACAAGUAAUACAAUAAGAGCAAGAAAUACAAAAUAUAUCCAACUAUUGCCCCCGUGACGCUGCUUACAGUCAACAGUUUUUUUUUACAAACUCACUCAAAUUACGUCAUCACGCUAAACGUCCUUCUUCUCUUCACACAUCAAAGCAAAAAGGCGGACCACAGAAAAUGAAUUACAAAAUAUACUACAAAACAAAAGCUGUGGACUUCAAAAACAUGACUUUUAAAUGAAUGAUUCAAAACAAAUAUGGACGGCAGACCUCGGCUCGUAGUGAGAAACUAAAGAACCCUUGGCAAGAAUUAUAGUUACCUCCAGGCUUUGGGCAUUAUAAUCCCCUGUUGGUAACUAUAGUUCUUCCCUCGGGGGGCCAUAGUUUCUCACUCACACCUCCUCUCCAGUCCAUAUAUGUGUAUAUAUAUAUAUAUAUAUAGCCAUUCAAUAUUUACCAGCAAAUGGCUGCAGUUUUUCAAAGCAGAAAAGAAAGCAAUUCAAAUGUUUUAACACCCCUGCACAAUGCAAAGUAGGUUGCUAUAGAAACUAACAAUAAUAACUGGUGAACCAGCUCUUUCAUUAAGGCAUUAUUUUUAAAUAUAUUAGUAACUUGUAUGGGAGGUAGGCAGCAGAUGGUGUAUUAGCUGGACUGUUUCCUGGCAUCUAUUAUACCAUGAUCUACACAACUUAUUGUAUGUAAGGUGGCAUUAGUUACAAUGCAAGGACACAGUUAUUACACAUGCACUCGUGCAGUUAUUAUGUAACUGCUUCUAUUCAAUUACAUCGGGUGCAUCUGCAAAUAAUUCUUUGUAAGCUAGAAAUCUUUAAAAAGUGUUGUAAUGAAUGCCACUUAAUUCCCAUGUAAAAAAGUUACUAUUGUGCUGUAUAUUCUGUUUCAGUUGUUAUUAACUAAAAAUGAAACCUUCUGUCCUGUUCUAUCUCUAGACAAUGUCAAAUGUAUGUAAACUAUCCAGGUUUGACGAAUAUAAAAAUGACAGCUUCAUGUUUGGUUAACACAAUUGUUACUUUCUGUGCUACAUAAAUAACACACUCAAAAAACCAACGCUUAUGUUUUUAUUAUUUAUAUAGUAGAUGUCUAAUUGUAUAUGGAACAGGACUGGCAGUUUUACAUGUACUGAUAGACCAUGCACUGCAAUGUUUUGGUAAGCAGCACUUUAUAAAUGUGUACAGAAAAUAUGUUUGUA